AUGGUGAAGAAAGAUGGAGGUGGACAAACUGCUAGAGGGGUUAGGGUAUUUUUUAAAAUGGAUCGGGCUGGAAUUCAGCUAGGGUUAGGUUUUUUGCCUAGAGCUCUGAUACCAUGUGGAAAAUAUUUUACCGAGACAAAAAGACGACAUUUAACGUCCAAGUUGACAGCGAAGCAAGUUCAAGCAGCUGCUGCUACUGAUUCUGCUGGUUGCCACCGAGAUUCCAUCAUCUCAUUGGCUUCUAUCAAGUUGAGCCAGAGACUUCUGAUUUCAAGUAGCAGAGAUGGGGCUCUCAAGGUUUGGAAGUAA